UCAUACUCUCCCCCGACGGCCUACCACCAUCAACACCCCGCCCACUACCGUCCCCGCCUCACACAGCAGAAGAAUGGCCUCCCUCGUGUAUCAAUGUCUGAAGAUGAAGUAUGGUCAACUCCUGUGCCUCUGUGUGCUGCUCAUCUCCGUCUGGAUCUUGACCAACAAAUCAGGGACGACUCAACGCCUUAAUGAGAUAUUCAUUACCAAGACUUCCAUGGACUUGAAGGGAAAGGCUCCCCAGCCUGAGCGAGUCCUGACAGACGCUACCUACCAAGGGGCAGCCCAGGAUGACCCAGCACUGGUCACCUACGUCCGUCACCUCAUGAAACCUCCUUCCACUCUGCGGUACAACCUCACUCAUCCAGAAAAACAACAUUUCUCACAGUAUCGCCAAACUCAACACGCUGAUGCAACUUAUUUCCAUGGCAAGAGAGAGGGCUUCUUCGUGGAGGUGGGUGCCGUGGAUGGUGAAACCCUGAGCAACUCCCUGUACUUGGAGAGAAACCUCGGUUGGUCGGGGCUUCUCAUCGAGGUGUUCCAGACAACAUAUAAAACGCUCCUCCAGAAACACCGAAAAGCUUACUCCAUUAACGCAGCUUUAUCUUUCAACACCUCCUCCACCGAAGUCAGAUAUGUAAAACGCGGUACACUGGGCGUGUUAGGUCGCACCUUCCCGGACCGCGGGGAGAGGAUUCAGGCCAUUCCUCUGUACACCAUGUUGCUGGCUCUUAAUACUACAGUCAUUGAUUUCUUCAGUCUCGACAUUGAAGGGGGUGAGAUGAAGGUGUUGAUGACUAUCCCUUGGGACAAAGUCAAGGUUGGACUCUUGGUGGUCGAGUCGAACCUUAUACCUGAAGGUCGGAAGUUCUUGGUGGACUAUAUGACCAGCAAGGGCUACAAGUUCAUUGGCAACAGAGGCAUCGACUCGUGGUUCAUGCUACCCGAACUUGUGAACCAAUACAUCAAGAAGCAUUAGAACUUUAAUGUCACCUUUAGACACACCUGAGGCUCCUCGCCCACGUAUUGGAAUUUGACAACACAACGAGAAUGAUAAAUACGUCAUGACGACACAACGACAACAAGCCUAUGCAACCUCUCUCAAUCCACUGCAACAACAGUUUCAGUACCUGUGUUAAAAUCAUCAGUGACUCCAACCUGUCGUAUGCGUUAACACCAAACUUUCAUUUAUGUUUUGAAUUUGCCCUAAAAGCAAAGGUUAAUAUCUCUUCCUGACAAACUAUUUAUUACCUUGUCUUAUGUUCUAUUAUCUCUUAAUAUCAUAAGUGUCUUUCAUUUGGCGUUACUAUUUUCAUCUGAACUCUGUCAUGGUAACCGGCCAGUGUGUCUUUGGUGUAUAUGUGAUCUCUCUCUCCCACCUCCCCCCUGAUAAUUAGAUGCACAUAUGUACAGUAUGUAAAGGCCAUGGUAUAGUAAAUCUUCCUCCUGUCAGCCAUUUUGACCAAGGGUUAAUUAAUUCUUGAGGGAGGGAAGGAAUAUAUAACGCUGGUUGAGA